AUGGAACAACCUAUGGAAAUGGCAUUAUUGGAACCCGAACAGAGUACGUACGUCGACGAUCAGAAAAACUCCAAAGCUCCGUCUCUUGGCGAAGGAACAGAUCAGCAACAGUGCAAGCGGUCCUGGUCAUGGUCCAGCAAAGUCAACGAUUACUGGGUUUGGGAAGCCCUUUUUGCACUGGAAGCUUAA